AUGUUAUUUACAGUUUAUCCAUUAUUAAUACUUGUUAUGCAACAAGUUUUAACAAUAUCCACUAAAAGUAAUGCUGAUAAUGGUCCAUACAAGGUGUAUCGGAUAGUACCACAAAAUAAUGCUCAAAUGGAUGUUCUCAGAUGGUUACGCAAUAAUGCUGUCGAAUAUGAGUUGGAUAUUUGGAAAGAAACAAAUGAUUUGGGUAAUUUUAUGGAUAUUAUGGUACCACCCAAUAUGAUUGCUAUUGUUGAAGAAUUAUUUCAUAAGGAAGGCAUUCAAUAUGUUAUUACUAUACCAGAUGUCAGGAAUUUGAUCGAACGAAAUGAGAUGUAUCCGAGAAAUGCAAAUAAUACUACGGGGAUAAUGAAGCAGCGUAAUACAUUGUUCGAAUUAUUUUUUGCUCGUUUAAAAGAUGAUCCAAUUUUAGAUGAGCAAGCCGAUAAUUCGGAAGAAUCAUUAAGAAAAGUAAAUAAUUUAAAAGUUAAAUAUCGUUUUGGUGAUUAUGGCUCAUACGGUGAUAUGUUAAAAUAUAUGCGCACUAUCGAAUUUUAUUAUCCACAUAUAACAAAACUUGUGCGAAUUGGUGUGUCACAUGAAGGUGCACCAAUUGAGGGUUUAAAGAUUGGUUAUCCGAUAAGCGAUAAUAGUAAACGAGCAUUUUGGAUUGAUGGUAAUAUUCAUGCAAGAGAAUGGGCCUCAAGUCAUACAGCACUUUAUUUUAUUAAUCAGUUGGUCUCAGGUUUUGGAAAUGAUCCGGUUAUAACACGUUAUUUAAAAUCUCUCAAUAUUUACAUCUUUCCAUGUUUGAAUCCGGAUGGCUAUGAAUAUACACGAUCAAAACCAAAUCCUCAGGUCCGAUUAUGGCGCAAGAAUCGUUCACCGCAAAAAUGUGUGCGAUCACCGUGGGGUGGGCGACGAUGUUGCGAAGGGGUCGAUUUAAAUCGUAAUUUCGAUUUUCACUGGGCUGAAGUUGGUUCAAGUGAAAAUCCAUGUUCAUAUUUAUAUCAAGGUGAAAGCGCAUUUAGCGAACCAGAAACAAGAGCAGUAAGAGAUUUCUUAUUGUCACCUGAAAUGCGAGGUAAAUUAGAUGGUUUUAUAACACUUCAUACAUAUGCACAAUUAUGGAUACAUCCAUAUAGUCAUAAAGUGGAUUCGUUUCCUGAUAAUUAUGCACAAUUGAAACAUACAGCAAAACGUGCCGUUAACCGGUUGAAAAAAGUUUACGGAACACAGUACAGGAUUGGUACUGGUGCUGAUAUUUUAGCACCAGCAUCUGGUGGUUCUGAUGAUUGGGCUAAAGAAGUACUUGGAGUAAAAUUUGUUUAUUUGGUAGAGCUUCGACCUCAAUUAGAGUUAUCAAAUGGAUUUAUUUUAAAUAAAAAUGAAUUAAUUCCAACAGCUGUUGAAACAUGGAAAGGUGUCCGAGCAGUUAUAGAUGAUGCUAUCCGUGCUAAUGAUUUAUUAGCUGAAAGUUUAAAACCAAUAACCAAGAAUUUUUUAAUUCAAAUUUGUAAAGAUAUUCGAAAUUCAUGUAAAUUUUGGUUAUUAGGCAUUUCAAGAAUAUGCGCGGGAUAG